AUUGUUUUGAUUUGAAAUUGAAGGCAUGUCAGUGGGCGAGAUCACGUCGGAGUGCUUUGAGCCAGCCAGCCAGAUGGUGAAAUGCAACCCGCGUGACGGCAAGUACAUGGCUUGCUGCCUGCUGUAUCGCGGCGAUGUGGUCCCCAAGGAUGUCAACAGUGCCAUAGCCGCCAUCAAGUCCAAGGCCAACGUGCGGUUUGUCGACUGGUCGCCCACUGGAUUCAAGGUUGGCAUCAACUACCAGCCACCGACAGUGGUUGCGAACGGGGACCUGUCCCCGAUGCAGCGCGCCGUGUCGAUGCUGAGCAACACGACGGCCAUCUCGGAGGCGUGGAGCAAACUCAACCACAAGUUCGACCUGAUGUUCAGUAAGCGCGCCUUCGUGCACUGGUACAUCACCGAGGGUCUCGAAGAGGGAGAGUUCCAGGAGGCCAGGGAAGACUUGGCGGCGCUUGAGCGAGACUACGACGAGGUGGCGGCCGAGUCUCAGCAGAGUGGUGACGAGUAUUGACUCGAGCCACCUCGCGAGGCUGCCGAGUCUCAGCGAGCGGCGACGAGUUUUGACUCGAGUCACCUCGCGAGACUACGAGAAGGUGACUGUCGAGUCUCAGAUGCUACGACGAGGUGCCGGCUGAGUCUCAGCAGAGAGGCGAUGACUCGAUACACCUUGAAGUUUUGACUCGACCCACCUCUGAGUUUGACUCGACCCACCUAUGAGUUUUGACUCGACCAACCUCGAACCUCUCAGUACUUGGUGGUCUAUGUAAACACAAUUGGAUUCUACAUAUGACCCACCUUUAGACUUGACCCCUCGGAGUUUUUACUCGACACUCUCUUCACUUUCAGUAUUUCAAUGGUCUUGGAAACACGAACACGAUUCAACAUGAAUCACUUGUACCUCUUAAUAUUUCAAUGGUCUUUAAAAAACUCAACAAACUAAUGCUUGUC